AUUUGGUGCUAGUCCCUGUAGUUUUCUUUUGGUUUAUUUACAGUUUUAGUUUUAGCUAUUUUAGUGUUGUUUUUAUUUAUAUAUUUUAUUUAUGUAACACUUUUAAGUCUACACUGUUUUAAAUUGAAUAACCUACUCUAAAAAUCAAAUAAAUUACAAGAUUUAUGCAAGAAAGUUUCCAUUUUCAAGAUAAGACAAGAAACAGACAACAGUUCAUGUUCAGUCAACAUUCCAGUUACACGUGUUACGAUGAAGACAGGAACAUAUGGACAGGUGUCGCAAUACUAGCGGUCAUUUGUCCAAGUUGCAUGCCCGAGAUUCUAAAGAAUACAUAGCUGGAACGUGGGGCCAAUUAACGACAGUUUCCUAUUUUUAUUUUAUUAAAAUUUUAGAAUACUUUCCACGCAGGACUAUAAAAAUGGCAUCAAUCUCUUAUACAUUAUGCAGAAACUAAUAAUUAAAAUACAUUGAUUAUCACUAUACAUUAAUUAUUUUUAAAUAUUUUUAUCAUUUAUAUAAACAUGAAAGAUGAAAAAUCAUGCUACAAAAUGUUUAUAAAAAUAUAUGUUUGAACUUUGAUCUAAGCUUUAUUUAGGAAAAGAAAAAACGUAUCUACAAACGAGUAGAUGCAAAGUAGGUCCAGUAUUGGGACCUACCAAGAAAAUCUUUUAGAGAGGACUCUGUUUUUUUCUUUCCUUCCCCUGUGACUGCGACGACCAACUCUCAAAGACCCAACUCCACUCCACUGUCUCUUCUCUAUUCUUUUCUUUUUUUCAUUUUUAUAUUUUAAUUCAUAUUGACAAAGCAGAAGAAAAGAUUUGUAUUUUAAUGGGGCUAAGGGAAUAUUUGUGAAAGAACUUCUUCCUCUCAGACGUAGAAGCUCUGAAGCUUGUGUGUGUGGAAGAAAAAAAUGGAGGAAGUUGAAGCUGCAAACAAAGAAGCAGUGGAAAGCUGUCAUGGAGUCUUGAAUCUCUUGUCACAACAAACCAGUGAUCCUAAAUCCCUACUGGUUGAAACAAGAGAAGCAGUUAUCAAGUUCAAGAGAGUCACUUCUCUUUUGACUAGAGGGUUAGGAGGUCAAAGAAAGAUCAAGAAACUCAACAACAACUACUACAAGUUUAUGUCUCCUUUGUUGCCCCAAUACAUCUUCUUGGAAAGUCCUAUAUGCAGUAAUAAUGCUAUAACUGGUUGCACUCCGGUUCUAGCACCAAAGCCUCUUCAGGUUAUACCACCUGCUGCUCCUAGUUAUGGUGAACAGAGACCGGUUCACCCUCCACCUAUGAUGCUUAACCAGAAAAUGUGUGUUGACAAGUCGUUUCUAGAGCUAAAGCCACCGUCUCUUCGAGCUGUUGAUCAAAAGCCAUAUCAGUUUAUCCGUAACCACCAGCAAGGAGUGUACUAUAGGAGUAACAGUGGUUUAAACCUAAAGUUUGAUGGGUCUGGUGGUGGUGGUAGUUGCUAUUCCCCAAGUGUUUCCAAUGGAUCAAGAUCGUUUGUUUCAUCUCUCAGUAUGGAUGGGAGUGUGACGGACUACGAUAGAAACUCGUUUCAUUUGAUAGGAUUACCUCAGGGGUCUGAUCAUAUGUCGCAGCAUUCAAGGAGGACAAGCUGCUCUGGUAGUUUGAAAUGUGGAAAUAAGAGCAAGUGUCAUUGUUCCAAGAAAAGGAAGCUGAGAGUAAAAAGAUCCAUCAAAGUACCUGCAAUCAGUAACAAGAUUGCUGAUAUACCUCCAGAUGAAUACUCAUGGAGGAAGUAUGGACAAAAGCCAAUAAAGGGUUCUCCUCAUCCUAGGGGAUACUAUAAAUGCAGCAGCGUGCGAGGUUGUCCAGCAAGGAAGCAUGUUGAACGAUGUGUAGACGAAACUUCGAUGCUUAUUGUGACUUAUGAAGGUGAGCAUAACCAUGCGAGAAUCUCCUCCCAGUCAGCUCACACCUGAUUAGCUAAACCGGUCUAGUAGCUGCGAUCUGCAAGUGUAAAUUCUACCUUGAACGUAGGUUAUCGUGCAUCACAAGUUUGGUUUCAGCCUUAUCUACAUAUAGAUAUUGUUAUAAAUGUCAUAAUCUAGAAUGUUUUUUUUUGUUUCAGAUGUUGAACUAAUGUAUCUGAUAUGAUUCGGUUCCUCUCUGUUUUUCCAAGUCCA